UUUUCCAGGGUCUUUGGAUGAACUGUGCCGGCAACGCGCUGGGUGCUUUUCACUGCAGACCUCACCUUACUAUCUUCAAAGUAGAAGGUUACAUCCAAGCCUGCAGAGGACUGAUGAUCUCCGCCAUCUGCCUGGGCUUCUUCGGUGCCAUUUUUGGACUGGUUGGGAUGAAGUGCACAAAAGUUGGAGGCUCCGAUCAGACUAAAGCAAAAAUAGCUUGUUUAGCUGGACUGAUUUUCAUACUCUCUGGGUUGUGCUCUAUGACUAGUUGUUCCCUGUAUGCAAACAGGAUUACGUCUGAGUUCUUUGAUCCUUCUUUUGUUGCACAAAAGUAUGAAUUAGGAGCAGCUUUGUUCAUUGGAUGGGCUGGAGCUUCACUCUGCAUAAUUGGUGGCAGUAUAUUCUGCUUCUCAAUAGCGGAAAACAGUAGUUCUCCAAGGAGGGGGUAUGCAUAUAAUGGAGCCACAUCUGUGAUGUCUUCUCGUACAAAGGUCCACAACAGUGUCCCGGACAAAACCCCACCAAAGCACUUUGACAAGAAUGCUUAUGUUUAAUUGUACUGUUGGAAGAUUCAGAGCGUUUUAAAAAUGAGUUUGUACCCUCAGAGUGAUUUACCCCCCAACCCCAAUGUAAUUACCACUAAGACAAUGACUUUUUAAAACAUUAACUUGCAGCUUUUUACAUAUUGAUGUAAAUUUUAUUAUAUAAUAUUUUAAGAUUGAUGUUGGUAUUGUAAAGUUUAUACCUGGAAAUCAUGAGCUGAUGUUGCUUUCUUGAAAAAAAAAAAAUAAAAUAAAUGGGGUAUUUAC